ACCCCGCCCUCCAGCUAGUGAAUGGCCCGUGGAGACGCCAUUCCUGGGUUUGGCCCGCCCACUCGAGCCCGAAGCCCCGCCCUGCCCCCAAGGCUAAGCCUACCAGACUGUCGGCCCUAGGCUCCUCCUCUGGACCAACCUCCGCCACCUUGGCUUCUGAUUGGUCCGAAUGCUACAGAGGCUCCGCCCUCAUCUCGGGAGACCCCGCCCCAUGGAAGAGCCCUCUCUAGGCCCCGCGGUGCGUUUGGCUGUGCGGCUGCUGAGACACUGGCUGGAGGCAGGGUGUGAAGCCUUUUUAUUGGAACCUCAGUGCUGGGACGGUGGGACUCGGUGCAGCUCUCUAGACGCCAGGUCCACGCUCAUGGCCGAUGAUGUCAGGUACUAACAACGUCGCCCAGGCCCGGAAGCUGGUGGAGCAGCUGCGCAUCGAAGCUGGGAUCGAACGCAUCAAGGUCUCCAAGGCCUCAUCAGACCUGAUGGGCUACUGUGAGCAACAUGCCCGCAACGAUCCCUUGCUGGUUGGCGUGCCAGCCUCUGAGAAUCCAUUCAAAGACAAAAAGCCUUGCAUAAUUCUCUAGUUCUCUCUCUUUCUCUCUCUUCCCCCUCUCUCCCUCUCCCUCUCUUUUUCCCCAACCCCGAGGUAUUGUCCAAUUUUUCCUGUAAGGAAAAUAUUUGAAUCCUUCCUACUUUGAAUUCGAAAGGAACAGAAACCAUUGUGAAUGCUGGGAUCCUCCUGACCUAGCUGGAGUUUAUGACCCCCGGUUGGGUCUCUGACUGUCGCCUGGCCUAACUGAGCUGUUAGCCUUGUCACCCCCUCGUCAAGAGUCACUACUGUGGCCGAUUUUUAAACCUUUCCUUAGUUGCCUUGGGGAAAGGGCUCCGUUGAUAAACGGCAAUGCCUUGCAAGCGUGAGGACCCUAGGUGCGGUGCGGUCCUCAGGUCCCACAUAAAGCAUGCAGGUGCAGUGUCACAAGGUUGUAUUUCAGCACUUGGAAGGCGAGACAGAAGGGUCCCCAGGGCUUGAGGGACUGCCAUCCUAGUUGUCAGUAAACUCCAGACAGAGGAGGACACCCAGCCUUGACCUCUGGCUCCACACGCGGCACACACAAUGCACCCUGUGCUGCCCUGUGUCCUUCCCGAGUGGCCCUGUCAUGUACACAGUGACACCCUUUCUCCAGAGACAUGGCCCAUUCCAGAGAGGGCAUCUGGGUCUCCAUUCAAAGGAAGCUCUUGCUGGUCUGACCGAGUGUGUAAUUUUGUCUCCUAAGCCUGAGAUCCACGUGGUCACUGGCGGCUCCCCAUUUUCUCCCAGUUACACAGUUACCCAGGUGGUGGUGAGGGCAGAAAUGCAGGUUAGUUAUCUCUCGAGGUGAUCGAGGAGUGACAGGGUUCUCCGUCCCACAUCGUGACUGUGGCUCCAGAUCCCCCUGCCUCCUUCCUGGGACAAACUAUUUUGUAACUAGCUAGAACCCAAGCCCCUCAGUGUGGGGACUGUAGCCCUGGUCUGCACUCCCAGAUGAGGGGAUUCUAGGCAGGGCUGCAUACCUGGCCAUGUCCCCAGCUCCCUCACUGGGGAUUCUAGGCGGGGCUCCACCCAGACCACACCCCAAUGAGGAUUUGGGGACUCUAGGCGGGGCUCCACCCCGGACUGCGACCUCAGCCCCUUACUGGGACAUUCUAGGUGGGGCUCUACAUUGACCACUCCCCCAGCCCCUCACUAGGGGAUUGUAGUCCGGGGCUCCACCCUGACCACGCCCCUAGACCCUUGUUGGUAGAUUCUCGACAGCAUUCUACCCCUGAGCCAGGCCUCUUCUCUUUCUAUUUUGUGAACAGAGCCCUAGAGUCCAGGCUGGCCUGGAACAGGAGAUCUUCCUGCCUCUGUCUCCAGAGUACCUACAUGACGGGCCUGUGCUUGCAUGCCUGGCAUUGGAUUGGACUGAAGAAAACAUGCCCUCUGUAACAGUGACAGUGGCAGGUAUAGGGAGGACACGGCUUGGGUGUGCCAAUGCGGUCUGCAGCCAUACACAGAGGCAGCCUAAGCAUUUGAAAGACCCCAGCUGCCUCUUUCUCCUGCCAGAUCAGUAUGGGAGCAAACGGCAGAACUGAAGCCAGUCUAGUGGUUCCCUGUAGCACUGGUGGAAAUCUGCUGCCAAAAGCCUGGGCCAGACUGAUCCCUGGGCAAAGUGAAUGGGGCGAGCACAGCUAGCUCAUCUUCUAGCCAGUUAGGCAUGACCUACCGCCUAGGUAAGGUGGCAGGUUCCCACAAAUCCAUUUGAUGGAAACAGGAAAAGAAGUCUGGGGUGUGACUAAGGGGAGGCAUUGCAGGUGCUAAGAGCCCCCCCUUCCUCCUCCAUGGGCUGGGUCACAGAGAGCACAGUCUAAGGGUCUGGCUUCUGUGCAUCAGCUCCCAUUAUUGGUCAGAGAGGGCCAGCGACUUUAGUGAGCCUGACUCUCAGAACCUGGCUUGAGUCAGAAAAGCCAGUUCCCCCCACCCACAAACUACAGCCACCUUGCAUUAGGCUAGGAACCAGGUCCCAGGAUGUAUGUCCCUAGCUACACUGGCAAGGAGAAAGAAAAGCUGGAAAUCUGGGGACCGGGGCUGCAGAGCAUCCACCCAGCAUGCUGGAAACCUGGGUUCCACCCCAAGCUCAAAGUAACCAGGCACGGGCACUGGGGUAGGCAGAUGAGGACUUCAGGGUCUUCCUCAGCUACAUAAUGGGCUCAAGGCUAACCUGGAUUACAUGAGACCAUGUCUCAAAUUCAGUGCACUCUCUCACUCUCUCACACCUGCCUCCCUCGGGAGGUCAACAGCAGAUGCCUGCCUGGCCAGCCUGUGUGUGGUCGGAGCAUUUUGUUUCUCGCCUCUGGGACAAAAAACUCAAAUCUGCAUCUCUGCCCACACUUCCAGUUCUCCCUCCCUAGGUGACACAGGCCAAGGACAAAGUGACUUCUUGUUCCCAGGGAAGGUAGGACAUGCUUGGCUGAUGUAUCCAGGAUGGACCUUGGGCCCCAAUAGCCCCUGUGUGCCCUCCUAACCACUGGAGCCCUGCCUCAGCUUAGAGAUACUUAGGGAAACCAGAACACAACAGAGCCAUCAGGAGCCAAGAUUGGGGGCCCUCGCCUUCAAUCCCAACACUCGGGAGGCAGAGGCAAGGGGAUCUCUGUGAGUUCGAGGCCAGCCUCAUCUACAGAGUGAGUUCCAGGACAGCCAGGGUUGUAGAGACAUCGUCUAAAAACAAAAUAAAACAACCAAAACUGUUAGACCUGCUGCAGCUUGAGCCACCCAGGAGGGACUUCCAACCUAAGGAGAAGGAUGGUGGACAUGGGGGUGUAUCCUACACAGAAGCCAUAUACACUGGCCAGAUGUCACAUGGCACUUUUCAUUUUCGUCCCCACUCCAGGGCUGGCUCCUCCCCCUCACACUCCAGGGCUGGCUCCUCCCCCUUCAGACUCCUCCCCCUUCCCUGCGCUUUGUGAAGCUGGUUGGUUUUUAUUUCUGAUUUAAAAAAAUUUUUUCCGUGUGCCACGCCCAUUCUCCCAGUGUUACUAUUGUGUGGAAUGAGGUCACAGGAGGGCGAAUCCUCCAUAAUAAAAGCCUCGA